UCCAACCCGGGAUCUGAAGUGACAACAUCCCGUGCUCGGAGUUCACAGACGCGUUUUACUUUCUCUGUUGUGGAUAUACUCAGGGAUGAACUGAAAGUGUUUUUUUUAUCUGACGAGGAGGGAGACACUAUAUCGGAUCUAUGAAAAAACCCACGUGGAUUUGUAUAACCAUUUUAAACCAGAAGGAAUGCAUAUUUUCUUUGUGAAACUAACUUUCUUGUUGUCGCUAAUAGCACUAACACGAGGUGAGUGACUGGGAUAUACUCAUAUAAAAGUUUUUGAACUUUGUUGGGUGAAAAAAACUUUAGUAAUUUAGCAGUUUACUCCUUUAAAUUGGGAGAUUAGUUUAAAAUAAACUUGUUGCAUCACUGGUUUGUGAACUGAGGAGCUAGAACUCAGGUAUAUCAUAAUUUCUCCAACUUUUUGGAGUGAACCUGCAAGUUUUUAAAGUUGGUUGCACAUUUAAAGUGAAGUUAAAUAAUUCAUGAAACCUGUUAGAUUAUCACAAAUGUGCAUUUUUGCGCCUUUCUUGUUUCGUGCCUGUAUCAGUAUAUGCUUUGCGCGGACACGUUACGCACUUGACCAGCAAGCGCACAACUUUCUCUCACCGGUGUGUAAACGCAUGCCUUCUGCAGAUUUUAUUCAGAGCCGUGGUUUCUUAUAUUUUUUUAUGAUAUAGCAAAGGAGUGUUACUCCCCAAAUGGCACAUUCUUUAUGGGCCAGCUGCAGACAGGAGCAUGCAACUGCCAAACUUGUGUCAAGUGUCUAUUCAGCCACAAAAAACCUGCACUCUCAGGUGGCAUAAGUCACACUUAGUCCUCAAAUAUAUGUGCUCUUGAUUGAUCAUGCCCCUAAAGGUAAAACUGAGAUUUUUGCUUGUUUUACUGUAGGAGAUGGCAGACAAAAGUACCAAUGUGUUCCAGGUUUGCUUGAAAGUUUUGAUAAAAGCUGCAGGUGUAUUAAAACUUUCCUCUCUCAGGUCUAAGAUGCUCCAUGCCCACGGAGUCGUGUUUGAACCAGGGGAAGUGUGAGGCCACUCCGGAGGGAAACGGAGAGUGCAAGUAAGUCUUCUUUUUAUUUUGGUUAAAUAAAUCUGUUCACUCUUUAGCUGUUGUAUUGUGAGAAAUACUUGUGGAAAAGUUUGAAAUGUGUGAAUGUGGAGUUUGACAUGACUCAGAUGUUUGGUUGACAUGUGAGGGGCGAGCACUCACACCAGUGUUGCUAUUUCUGGGAGGCAAAUGGUCAGGGAGCUGAGACAGGAAUGAGUGGACAUUGAUGAGGACAGGGGUCACUAUUGCGAGUGUGUGUGUGUGUGUGUGUGUGUGUGUGUGUGUGUGUGUGUGUGUGUGUGGUGCCACCACACUCUUCCCUCUGCAGCCAAACUCUCGCAGCCCUAAAUCUUGCUUUUCUUUUCUUUCACGGAGCGACAGCUGGGGUUGCCAGAAGCUCGGCGACCAUUGUUCUCCUCUGCGAUUAAUUCUGUGUGACUAAUCUGGGUGAGGCUUCCCAGAGAGACCCUCAGACUCUGUCCUUCUAGCACCCCCUACUCCAAAACCCCUCCUCUCUCCUGGGAUUUUGUCCCCUCCUCAAUGGCUCUCAGUACUCUCUCUCUCUCUCUCUCUCUCUCUCUCUCUCUCUCUCUCUUCCUCACAACUCUCUCAUUCCCGUAGACAGAUGGCAGAGGGUAGAAGUUUUUAAACCCACUGAAAAACACAAACAAGUCUGCAUUUUGUCUUGUGUUGGGAUGUUUUCUGUCCACAUGUAAACCAAUAAGCUCCAGCUCUGCCCAGAACUGGUUUUUCACUACAAAAGCCCACUUUCGCUUGGCUCUAUUUCCAUCCUGGCAUGAGCAGCACCAGCCAGUGUCAUCUUACCGUCACACAAUUCGGUGACCGGGUAAGCGAUCAGGCUGACUGGGUCACAGCUUCAAGACUGCACGACCCGGGAAGCCAUCUUGGCCCCCCGCCACAUCUUAAUUUGGUCUGGUUUUGUUGUUCACCCCUCAAUUACACACUCACCCCCCCCUCCCAUCACCUUCCCCACCUCCUCAUUGGGCCACAAAGCCAUCAUUGUGCCCCUGCACUGUCCUCCUCCUCAGACUUCUCCAAUUAAACAAGGAGAUGGACGAGCUCACAGUUUUCAAAAGGUUUGAGCGGGCACACAGGGUUUGGUUUGUGGCAUUGUGUUUGUGUGUGUCUGUGUUUUUUAAGCAUUGCUCUGUCAUUGUGUUUGUCAUCGUUGUACCACAGGAGGGCUGGUUACUCCUGGGAAAAGUCUCAACUGGGGCAUCACAUCUUGAUUUUACUUCAUUGCAAAAUCUAAGCAGAUAAUCAGACUGCUGUGAUAGUUGAGGUGCAAUUCUAAGGCAAAUAGUACUGAUCAAAAGCGUUAAUUUUGGUGUUUGAACUCUGCAAAUGCUGCAAGAGUUAUCAAUAUAUUUAUAUGAGGAGAACAUUUGUGGGUUAUGGGCUUUGAUUUGAAUGGAAAAAGACAUUUGAAACCUUCACUUUGGCUCUGAAGUCUUCUGCUUUUGGCCUUUUUAGACAAGAACAUUGAGAGGGCACUUUAGAGUAUCACUAUGAGAGCAGGAAUUUUUCAUUUGAAAGUUACAUAAACUUUUAAUAUAGGUUCCUCUGGUGUGUGAGGUUUAUUUUUUUGCUACACCACUCGAAACAAAUCAAAGAAAUUCAAUAAGCUAAACUUUUGUGCAACUUACAAUUGGCGUAAACAAUCAGUUUACGCCAAGAAUUUGCCACAUCAGUGCCUCGGAUCAUGAGAGAGUCUUUAGUUAGAUUUUGACUAUUAGAAAGUCUGAAAAAAUAUUUUAUAUUUUUGAUAAUAACCUUUUAGUUUAUUACUUUUUCACAUGAUCAAACAUGGCAUUUACAACAGCAGCUUAAUACAUUGACAUAGACAUAUUAUGAACAGAGCGAAGAAAAGGAAAGUUUAGCAGAAGAAUACUUUGCGAGAUGACGGCCAGGUGCAUAAAAAGUGAUAAGACUUACGCUAUAUUGUAUAUUUAUUGAGUAUGCCGCGCCUGUGUCUAUUUGUUCUGUUCAUAAGAGGUGGUGAGUAGGGAUACAUGGCCGACACCGAAGAUGGUACAAAUCCAAGUGCAUCAGUAGGCUGUUGAAGUAGUUGUUGCUGUAUUUCUCAGUGCAACACCUGAGUUUUCACCAGCAGCAAUGCUUUUCAUUCCUGCUGCUCAGACACUCUUGGUGCUGUUCAGGAAGACUGUUUAAGAAGUUUAACUUUGCCCCUUCUCUUUGCAUCAUCUUUGCUCUUGAGAAGAGUACAUCUAUUUGCUGUCUGUUUCCAGUUAAGUUCAAAAUACUCCCAUACAGCCGAAACCCUGCUGUACAGCUGUUAAAGGUUGUUGUUGGCGCACAUAAGCUGUCAUUAUGGGUGCAAAAUUAGAGCACCAUAUAUCAUUGAAAAGUUUGGAGGCUGCAGAUGCUGAUAAUUAACUUUUGUAGCUUUUAUAAGUUCAGUACAUGAAUAAAAAAAAAAGUUAUCAGCUUUAAGGAGUCACUCCCAUCGUUGGUCAACUUUGCCAUCAGAGUCCAGCAUUUUUAGCAGCAACUUUGCAUUUGAUCAUCCUUCGCUUAAGAACCAGGUCCUUCAAGAUCACCCCUUCAAUUUUCCCUUAUUUUUUACUAUCUUAGGUCCAAGUCUAGAAGAUGAAACUCCAAGUAUCACCUGUAACCAGGAGUGAAGUUCAUUUAAAGUGGUUCCUUUACUUUAAUUUCAGUUUCCUGAAUCAGUGUUCGAACAGAAAAGAGGGUAAGACAUUCAGGGGUAGUCUCGUAAGAUGACCCUGAGCUUCAGCUUCAGAAAAAUGAUUCAAGUUAGCUGCAUUGGCUGCUUCAGUUUUACCUAGUCUGACUGAGAUGCCUACUUGACAUGCCAUACCAUAAAUACCAUCUCCUCCUCAUAUCUGGCCCUGUGAGCUCCUGACUGAAGUUUAUCUCCAAAGAGCAGCGCUGAGGAGGCCUCUCAUUUGCUGCUGAAGCUUGGCAGCGGCAGACAGCAGUGACAGAGCCGAGCCAAUCCAGACCAGGAAACAUAACUCCCAGAUUCCAGUGGCACAACAAUGACCAGAAUCAGAGCAGAGACUCUCCCUCUCAGCCCGGAGAGAUGAGAGACGUCAGGCUGGCAAGGAAGGACGCUGCAGAGAGAUCACAUACCUUCAUAAUCUGUCAGUCAGGGUGUUGAAAAGAUGAGAUAGAUUUCUGACAGGCUGUUGAAUGCUGGGAGUCGUAUGUAGAUGCAGUUUUUGGACUUCAGUUUGAAUGGUGGAUAAUGGGUUUGCUAGAAGCACUUGUGAACAAAUCACAGAGAUUUCUCUAAUGCUGUCAUAAAGUUAAACUUAGUUUCGCAGGAUUUGUUUGAUUCAAAGACUCCAGGGUCUCAGUGAACUAUAUGAUAUGUUUAUUUUAAUCUCGGAGAUUAUUUUUAGUCUGCUUUCUUUUAAAGACAGCUAAAAAGCCACAAGGCAGACAUGCAUCAAAGAGUGGAGAUCAGAAGUGACCAAGCAGAGGCAUCACUCUGGCCUGGUGGUUAAAUGGCACGCCUCACUUACCAGGCUUAGCUCCUUGAAGUGGGCAGCUUGUGUCCAAUACCAACCUGCAGCUCUUUGCCACAAGUUAUUCCACAUGCUCUCGCCCAGUUUCUUACUCUUUCCACUAUCGCACCCUCUCAAUAGAAAAGAAACAGAAAAUUUAAUUCAGCCCACUACCUAGUCUUAAGUUGAGAUGAAAACCCAAAAAACAGUCAGAAAUGUUAAGAAUUUACAUUUAACACCGAGUUCAGGCUGGAUUUGAGGUCAUAGACGGGCUGCCUGAUAACUAGCAACAAGCUUCAUACUGAAGGUUUCCGCUCAGUAAUGAUCUAAUCAGUUAAUUUAUUGAUUAGACUGGGAAGUUUUAAAGGUACGAAGGUCCUUUACUCAUGGGCAGACUCAUAACUGUCACAGGUUGGAUUCUUCUACUUGUCACCUAUAACUCUUUCAGCGAGUGAUCAUUUUGUAGCAAAUUGCUCACCACAUGAAUGUAUGAUGUAUUUAUAUUUGCUGAGCUGGUAGCCUGAAUGAUUUGAUGCAGUUUCAGUGUGGAUGACAAUAUAUUCCAUCCUUCAACUGUUAAUCAGGAUUUUCUGAUUUCCUGCCCCUUUAUUUCUCCUGCUGAGUCUUUUAAUCCUUGGUUAGUAUGUGCAGCUACUUCUACAGUAUCCAUCCACUUCAAUGAAAGUGAGCCCUUGUCUCUCUAGUUCUGGGGAUUCCUUAAUGGCACCUCUGUUCGCUGGGGUCAGAUGAGUCUAUCUUAACCCCCCCCACACACACACACAAACACACACACACACACACACCCCACAUCUCCAUUCAGAGUCAGGAAACAGCCUCAGAGUGGCCUGAGGGAAGAAAAGGUGCCGUAUCUGAUCAUAUCAUCACACAACUAGAAACACACAGCGCGGGGCUUUUAUAUGGCCGCUGCUGCCGGUGUCGGGUUCCCUUUGGCGAGAGUCCGGUUGGUGAGAGGGCUGAUUGUCAGAGCGUCCUGUCUGAAUGAAGUGACUCGGUGGUGGGGAACCUCAGCGUUGAGGAUUAGUGAUAUUUGAGCCUCUCUGGUUGGCAUAUGCCAAGAUAAAUCACCUAAACUUUGAUCACUGACAGGUCUGAAAGUCAGCCUGUGUGUGUGUGUGUGCGUGCGUACGUGCCUGCGUGUGUGUGUGUGGGACAAAGAAACUGGGCAUGCUGCAAACCACACUUCCUCUUUUUCUCUCCUUCUUUCAGCCAGACCACCUGUCCCGUCUGUGGGAUAGCAGAACAACCAAGAGAGUCGUGCACUCACCCAUACAGCAGCAUGCCUCAUAAUACCCAUGAUUACAUGCGGUUUUGCCCAUUCAGCUCAGAUUGAGUUUGUCUGCCAGGUGUGCUCUUGUUUUCAGUUACUCUUACUGUCUGAUACACGCUUACUCACUCACUCUGGAUAUUUAGGAGAAUGAAGUGUGAUGCCUUUGUAGUGAAACAGAGUGGUUUGAGCAGGUUAGCAUCCAUGUGCAGAUUGUAAGACUGAUACCAAUGAACUCAAGCUGAAACACGCAAUAACAAAGAUGAUGCACAUAUGGACCUCUAAAAAGGCCUUAAACUGAGCAUGCAGGUACUGACUUUAGGUGGUGCAGCAGGGUUGGUCAUGCAGUCGUUCAGCUAACUUGAGCACUAGAUGUACAACAUUUUAAGUCUACUAAUUCAGGCCUGCUAACAGCCUCACACUGGUCUUGAUUUAUGGGGGGCACUUGUUCAGGAAGCACUGAUGGGACAUUCAACCCCUGGCUCGUACCUUGAAGUCACCGCGUACAGUAACAACCCCAGUGUCCGGUUGCACUGUCAGCUACACCUUCACACACCCGUAAAAGCCUUUAAGUAGUUCCCAGGGUCGUAAAGUAGGCAGUAGCAGAAGUCAUUAGGGUGGCUAUGAGUCUCAGGACACACACACAAACAUAUACACACUAGUUGUUGGUCCCAGGGGCGCAGGCUCUUUCCCAUGGGCCGUGUCCCUAAUACUCCCAAAUAAACAGGGUCUCUAAUGAAGGUUGCCAGAUGUGGGCUGGCCUGGUCAGUCCUCCUGUACGAUUAGAGAGGAAGGAAAGGAGGGAUGUAAGGAGAGAGAGAAGGGGCAGCGUUUCCCCUGUAAUUUCUGCAGCCUGCGGGAUUUUGGUGGUAACUUUGGUUUCAGUUCCACAACAAACAACAGCCCUGUUUUCUGUGCCAGAUUUGGUUUCAGCUGGAGAGCUAUUUUUAUUCCAGUAAACGUGAUUUGUGUGAUUGAAGCUGAAUUUAAGCGCUCAUUUUGUAGUGUUUAGUUUCUCUACCAGUGGUGGCAUGGUUGUCACUGUGGUGAGCCAUGUUGUGCUGCUGGGAAAACAGAUGAGAGAAAGAAAAGAAGAGAAAAAGAGAGAGAAAGAGAGGGAGGGAGGGAAGUGUGGAGGGAAGGAGAGCAGAGAGGCCCCCCCUUGGGCAACGCUUUUAAAACAGAUCAGACAAGACUAAAGGGGACUUAGCCCAGGCACAGAACCAAACAGCCAGGAAAUGAGACGGGGCGGUGGGGGUUCAAAUAUACUCCUGACUCCUGGUUAAAACAUACAUGAAGGACUCACCUGAGAGACUGAGAGAGAAGUGAAAAAUUAACAGUCUAACAACUCUGUUUAUUACAGAUUGUGUCAGAGUACUGGGGACUCGCCCACAGCACAAAAAGUGAAAAAAGGGGCUGCUAAAACAGCUGUGGCUAAAAGUCUGUUAGUUUUUACUGACUCCUUUGAAGCAGUUACAUUUUCAUUACCAAUUAAAUACUGAUGGGGCUACUGUAGGUCUCAUUGGCUUUCAUAGCUGAAUUCUGACACUUUCACAGCAAAAAAAUAAAAACAAAAAUUGCCAUGCUUUACAUUACAAGUGAUAGUUUGUUCCAGCUCUACCUCCUGACUAACAAACUGUUUUUCUCUGCAAAAAAAGUCAUUGAUGAUUUGACAACUUUUAUUUUUAUGCAUGUAGAAGACAAAUAACUGGGUUUUGAGGCAGAUAUAUGGUAUCCUUAUCUGAUCAAAACUGCAUUAUUUUAUAUUGAUCUAAUGUUUCUUUUUAUUUUUCUCUGAAAACAAGCCCAGGAAUAAAUGAAUCAUUACUCAAAUGAAGUUGAGCUGCAGGUUUUGGUUGUGCAGCAGCACUGGUGUUGUUAUAAGAGCCUGGUGAGACUACGACUGGUGUCUGAAUAGUUCAUUGUGUUUCUGUAGUCAAAGAAUUUCCUAUGUAGAGAAGAGAGAGUGGUGAAUAAGUGUGUAAUUUUUAACACAGUGGUGAGUGUUAAGACUUAAGGGUCCCUGACCUUGGCAACCACUUUUGGGACUGCGGUGCUGUACGAACCAUAAAAUAAUUUCCCAACUUUGAAAAAAGUUUUAAUAAACUCAACUUACCUCAACCUGAUACUAAGGGAAUUUCUGUUUUUAAACAGCUCCAGCACACAAGUGUCAAAGGUCAUGAGUCAACCGUCUGUAAUGUGUUAAAUCUGUUAUUAUUUGAUCCUAAUUGUCCUCUGAUCAAAGCUACUCUGAGCAGUUCUUUUUUUAUGUUUAUUAAAUAGACUGAAGUUCAAAUUGUUGCCUUCUCAUGAUUUCCAAAAGGAAACAAGUCAAUCGGGGACAAGACUGACAAUUUUGAUAUUGUCAUUUUUAAUGCCUAAAACUGGUACAAGGGUUUGGUGUCAGCCGAGCAAUUAAAGAAUCAUUUGUGUUUUUACAGUUUCACAAAAAAUACAUUUGACCAUCAAAAGUCAGCAGGAUGAGAUUUUUUUAUCAAUAGACAUAACUUAGGCAUGCAGAGGACAAGAUAAGCAAAGACUACCUUGUCCAAGGGAGGCGCCAAAGUUGACACAAACUAAAAGUCCCUCAUAGGAGCUUUAAGUCCAGUAGCUGUUUGUGUAAAAUGUGAUCCAAAAAACUGAGCCACACCCCAAACCAAAGCUUUUCAGUGCUUUUAAGGCCCUAACCAACAGCCUCGUCUCUGGGGUUAUCUUUUUUUAUUUUUUGCUGUAAUCAAUAGAAGGUUGGGUAAACAAAGAGUCACUCUACAAUAAUCUUAAUUAUUAUGCCAUUUACAGGACUGGAGCCCAACUCUGAUCCUGUCUCUCACAGAGCUUUACAAGGCUCAGUAAUUGAAUAAAUGCACAACCUAAUUCUCUAAGCUCCUUUAAAUACAAUCCAGGUUUGGCGCCUGUGCAGCUGCCAAAACUUGUGUACUCAUUCUAGGUUUGUAUUUGUAUACAGUGCACAUGUGCGGCCUAUAUAUGACGUCCAAAGCCUCUGUCCCCAUCUGUGUGCGACCUCAGAAUCAAGGCAGAUGGCAGAUUGGCCCGACAGUGAGGAAAACCCCUUUAGAGCGACGCCUGGCCGAGGGUCAGAUGUCACCACAACAUCUGCUGCAGGCUCGAGCCGCCGCCCGGCCCUGUCAUGCAUCCCAUCAGUGUCGCAGAACUGUUGCCACGGGCUACAGCGGCAGCAAUAGAAGGAGAGACGAUCUCAGAAGUGAGCGAGGGGGAGAACAAUGAGAGCUACGGGGCAGGGAUGACAGAGGAGAUAAUAACAGUAUCAACCUUACAGAGGAGAUAACUCCACUGCUGUCCUGCAGUUAUACGAUACCUCCGAACACCUGAUAUUUGCACAGCUUCUGAUUUGUGCCCUUCUUUUCAUGCCUUCUUUAUUUACCUUUCCAGCUGCCCAGUUUACCUGCUGCUGUUGAGAUUGUCCCGCUCGCAGGAUUGCAUAUUCCUCUUGUUGGAGCAGCUGCUUUGCUCUGUUUGUUUUCAAUGCUCCAUAAAAGAAACGUUGAAUAUCUUACCUCUUGUUUUCUUACACCUUUGUGCUCUUCAGUCAGGCUGUUAAGUUGUUGCCUCCUAAAGCUGUUUUGUGCGUUCGGAGGAUGUAUUUGUCAUGCUCCUGCCAAGUUAAAGAGCAAACUGUUACCAGUCUUUGCCUAGCGUGUGCGACAGUUGACUUACUGCUUGCACCUCAGCUGGAGCGUGUUUGGAUAGUGUGUCCACGUGCACCAAGGUAAGGGUGCAGGGGCUCCUUCUGUUUGUCUUUCAGGCAUCAGUGUGAGACGCUGGGAGGUAUUACGGGGGCAGAUGCCCACUUUCUAAGCUGGUGUAAGUUUUUUUCAAAGAAGCGUGAAGUUAAGGCUGCUGGUGAGCUCUGGGUGAAGAAUCAGGACAGGAGACUCUUCGGAGUAAACACCAAAAUUCCUGCUCUUUUUCUCCUUUCUGUCUUUCCCCCCUCAAAAAACCCAACCAAACCAGUUCCAGUUUCCUUUCUCUUGGACUUCUUUGUUCGCCCCCUUGCUUGUGUGUGUGUUUUGGAUUUUAAGCCCCUCUUUCAAACAUGGCAGACCACAAAAAAGCAGCAAAGCAGGAAGAAAGUUUCUCUUUAGUUGAGACUCAUAAAUCUUAACGUGGUAGUGGAGAAGUCAAAGGAGGGUUUGCAUGAGAUGAGUAGGUGGGUGCCGGCGACCAUACAUAUGGCUAUAAACGCAGGAAGUGCAUUUAAAAGAAGAGGAAGAAGAAAGGCAAAAAAACAGAGAUGAGCGGUGUGUAAUGAAAGAAGAUUCAGAGGAAGAUUCCCUUUAGUCAGAGGAGGAGAAAGAGGAGGGAAGGAGAGGAAAGAGGAGGUGUAGUAGAGAUGAAUACGCCCAGCCUGCGGUCAGCUCUGAAUGGGGGGGAAAAACAAUGAGCCCACUCAUCCUUCGCUCGCUCUCCUUCUCUUUUCUCACUCCUCGUCUCUCUGCUAAGUAAGAGAGGGGGAGGGAGGGAGGGAGGGAGAGCGUCAUUCAGAUGCCGACACUGUAAAAAAUUGUUCAACAGGUUCUUGUUCGUGGUUUUAUCUAAAGAAAAAGAUCCUUCUUUUCUGGAAACAUAUUAACAUUUGAAAUCAUGCUUGCACUUUUUUAAUGGGUUAUAUUUUGAUUUUCUUUAUUGAUAACUCCUUGCAGUUCCCUUGUUUGUAUCCCUCUUUUCUCCCUCAGAGAUUACAUCUCUCAAAAUGACAAUAAAGACUUAUAUUAGGGGUAAAACGCCUUUUUAUUAAAGUACUGCUCCUGUUCCUGUGGAGGUUCCUUGUCGGUAGUAGGAUGGGGUGCCACAGAGAAGAAGGAGGCAGAGUGGUGGGAUCAGGGAUGUGGGAGAAUUGGGGGAGGUGUGUAUUUGUGUGUGUGUGUGUAUGUGUGUGUGUGUGUGUGUGUGAGGGGAGGGUGAAUGGCCGGGGCAGCAGCUGCCGUCUGCUCAUUAACAUGCGCACCUGCUCCCUGCGGCCUUUUUCCAGCGAGUUCGUGUGGCGCCUCACGACCUCAGCACCCGCCACCACUGGGACUUUAACUGGACUGGUCUUCUAGUGGCUUCUCACCACUGAGCUCCAACCUACCCCCUCUUCUGUACACCCACUUACACACCACUGUCCUGAAAGAGAUGUGAUACAUAGAAAGAAACUAGGAGGAGGAUUCCAGCUAAUUGGCUCUGUCUAUUUGCUGGUGCAGUUCGUGAUCAAUCACAAACAAACCACUUCUGGCCAAACAAACUUUUACUUUUGUUUGCGAUCACUUGAAAGUGAUUGUGUCAAAACCUAUCAUACCCUUUAACUGGAGUGGAUGUACUAUAUGUCGCUGCACUUCUUCAUGUCUGAAUGAACAAUCUAGAGAAAGGAGUGUCAUGUUGCAGAUUCUCCUCUAAGCAGUGUUUUAUUUCAAAACUGUCCGUAACUUUCACCUGAGAUUAUUCUCCUGCAUGUUUCUGCGUUGAUAUCCAGCCGCUGGCACCACUGCCUGUCUGAGCUUAAUGCUACAAUGAUCCCAGUCGAAAUGACACCCUCUCUACGUGGUGACAUGCCACCACUCACUGCUGCUGUUUGUGCAGCAGGCAGCCUAGCAUGUGAUGUUUUCUUUUCCUUACCACAGUCCUAAGGCCACCUAAUCCCCUGAGAGGGAGACCCUGUCUAAACACACGCCUGUCCCCACUGAGGGGCCAUGGCUCGGUCCCCAUUUACACACACAGGCGCACACUCAGAAACACACACAGGACCCCCUGGGAAUGUUUGGGGACAUGGUCCUGCCAGCCCCUCAGGGCGCACAGACUCGCUGGCUCUGUUCAGGUAUUUGAGAGUGACGGCGGAUUUUAAUUCGCUGGGACGUCCGCUUUGAUGUCUGCAGGAUGUUUUCUGCAGUGUGUUGUUUCUGCGUCAGAGUACAAACAAACAAAACUCAAAGACAGCUGUUGUUUGUGGAAUCUGCACUGGGAAAAAAGAAAGUCUUUGACUUUUGGGCAUAUUGCAGGUGUAUUUUUUCUCUGCUAUCUUUCAUGUUUUUCACUCAGGUUGUACCUCAGUGUCCUCUGUUUCAUCCUCUUCCCAUCUCUUGUCCAAUGCUGGAGCAAAUCCUCUCCGAGGAGGAAAGAAUAAGGAGCAUUGAGGUGAUUGCACACUGCUUUGAAGUGUCCAUAAAUGUUGGCAUGCAGCUCAAACACUGUGGCAUAGAUGCGUCCUUGUCUUCAGGAUGAAUGAGUGCUGACAAAAGGCUCCGAGUGAGCACAUUUCAGCUCUGAGAGCUGCUGAAGGCCGCUGUGAUGGCGCCUUUUCUUGUGUCCUGACUCCUGGAAAGGACGGAUUAGGACGAAGAAUUCCAAAUACCGCAAAUUUUCUUUUUUGUUCUUGUCUCAGGGGCUAUUGAGUGGAUGCUUUGUUUCUGUAAUGACCAGGCCUCAUCGGCCACCCAGUGUUGUUGACAACGGUAUUGAAUCUCUGAAGGUGAUGAAUAUGGGAAUGUGGCAGUAGGGGGGUCUAACGUGGAGGAAUGUUUUCAGUGUCAAAAAGAGCUCCGACUGUUAUGAUCUAUGCUUGAAAUAAUUUUAUACGGAUACUCACUGAAUGAGAACUUAAUCUAGAAAUCUUGCUAAUCUAGUGGAGAGUUAUUAAACACAUGAUUCGGUUUGUUCAACAUCUAACAUUUUAGAGUUAUGAAGAAUGAGUGAUAAACAAAAAGGUCAUUGUUUGAUUGUUUGAACCAUAAAAAUUGUCAAAAAUAAACAGAUCAAGCUUUAGUUACAGUAGUUAUUAUUUCAGUUUUAUUAAACCAAUAAAAUAUUAAGAAAUGAUAGAAAAACAUCCCAGAACUGAAGGAACAUAGUCAAAUAACAGUGUGGAAGGUACAGAAAAUGACAUUCGUGAACACCACACCAAAAAUAGUCCCUUAUUUGAAGAGAGGCUGAAACAUGGAGUGGUUGUACUUUUUAGUUAUAGGCCGAUUAUUUUUGACUCUAGUCCCACAGCUGCAGAGUUUCACAUGUAGAUUUGCACGUAAAUGUUACAGCUGAAUGUAAACGUACGAGGUCCUGUGCGUAGUCUUCCUGCAUGCUCUUCCUGUGUGUGUUUGUGUGUGUGUGUGUGUGUGUGUGUGUGUGUGUGUGUGUGUGUGUGUGUGUGUGUGUGUGUGUGUGUGUGUGUGUGUGUGUGUGUGUGUGUGUGUGUGUGUGAAGGACUGCACACUGACUGUGGAGGUAUGAGCUUAUGCAUGCUCUCAGUGUGUGUGUGUGUGUGUGUGUGUGUGUGUGUGGCCUCUUUGUUGAGACAUUCGUAUCCUCAGGGGACACCCUCCAAGUCCCCUCAUUGUAAUAUGUGAAUCUGCGGCAGCUCUCUCACUCUCUCGCUCUCUCGCUCUCUUGCUCUCUCUGGGAACUUGUCCACUGGGGUCUGAGUGGUGUUUAUGACAGACACAACCUGUGAGAAACAUCAAGAGUUCAUGGUCCCCCCUCCCCUAGACGGCUCUGUUUUACAGCCUGGAACACAUUGUUCAUGGGGGGGUGAUGGUGGAGAGAUGAACGUCCUGUUAAAAGUUUCUCAUGUGUAGUAAACACAUCAGGAUGGGACCAUCUUUAACAUAAAUGGAUUGUUAGCUGGAUUUGUGCAAAGUGCUGUACAAAGGAUGACCCUUGCUAGUCUGAGAAGUCGUCUUGUGAACUCUUUAAUUCAUGCUGAGCUGAAAAAGAUUGAACUGUUUGUGAAUUCUCUUUGACCAAUCCCUGUCUUUGUGAUGCUAAUCGUUAAUGAGGGAGAUGAAUAAGGAAUGGACAUUUAUUAGUAGACCUGUAAAUCACUGAGAAAAAGGUUUUUAUGUAAGUAUUAGUGAAUUGGCUUCAUGGUGUAGUGGUAGUUUGUCUCAAUCAGCUGUAAAAUGAUGAACUACAGAAAAGUGGUGACAGAUUUUUAGAGAAAUGGACCCUUUGUCACGUCAUCUGUAAAAUACUUGAAAUAUAAAAUACGAUAAGAAAGAAAUAUAUGUGAAAAAAAAAGAGUUGAAGCUGGAGUCUGUCUAAGCCAUUUAACACCCAGUUCCCCUUUCAAAUGUUGUUGACCUCUCUCCCCAUGUUUCCUCAGGUGCCGGGAUGGAUACGUAGGAAGCAGGUGCCAGUUUCGUGACCCGUGCACCACCUCGCCGUGCAUGAAUGAUGGCACGUGUCGGGCUGUGACCAAAGGGAACACGGUGGAUUUCAACUGCACCUGCAGACUGGGCUUCACUGACCGCCGCUGCCUGACGCCGGUCAACAAUGCUUGCAUCGGCUCACCGUGUCGCAACGGAGGCACCUGUGAGCUUGAGAGUCUCACAUCGUACAAGUGUCGCUGCCCACCAGGGUGGACAGGUAAUACAAAAAGAUUUUUACUUUUGGACUAUUAUUUAUUAUUGGACUAUUUUCUGGAUCUUGUGAAGUUGUAAACCUCCUUUAAGGCUGUGAAACUCUGCUUUAAAUUUUGGUUUUGGGUUUUAUUAACAACAUAAUCAGUCAGGACUUUUCAAAUUGAGAUAUUUUUGUAGAGUUAUUCAUGCAGCGUUUGCUUCAGUAUAUUCUUUGACUUUCAGUUUGACAGCUUCUACAAAGUCUGGAGGCCUUUUGAGCUUGUCUCAGAUGGGAUUACCACCCAAGCAAAAAAAUAAAGUGGAAAACUUGACAUACUUUUGUUAGAGAAGAAAAACGUUGACUGUGUAAACGUAGGCUACUGCAGCCUGUGCAUUAUUAUUUCUCUGUGUCUGUAGGUAAACUGUGUCAACAAGCAGAUCCCUGUGCCUCGAACCCAUGUGCCAAUGGCGCCCAGUGCUCUUCUGCUGACUCCUUCUACACCUGUAAGUGCACACCCUUCUUUACUGGAAAAACCUGCAAGCAGGACAUCAACGAAUGUGACACAAACCCUCCGCCGUGCAAGAAUGGUGGCGUGUGCAUCAAUGAAGUGGGAGGGUAUCGAUGCCACUGCCCACAGGAAUACACAGGAAAGCACUGCGAGAGCCGUUAUCUACCCUGCAACCCCUCGCCAUGUCAAAACGGAGGCACCUGCAUCCAGAAGGGCGAGACCAGCUAUGAAUGCUCCUGCGUGCCAGGUAGACACCUCACACUUACAGUAUGUCAUUGUUAAAGGGCAACAUCAGAGGAAGUUCAAGCUGUUCAAGCAGGGUUCAUCUUCUGACUGAUAAAAAGGCUUUGCAAAGUAUGAAUGAGUAGCUUUGAUUCAACCUCAAUAAUUCGCCAAACCCCUCAGCAGAAGCUAAAGAAUACACCAGCAAGUAGUUCAAAGAUUUUUCUCAAAACUAGACUUUGGCUUGUUGGAGAAACAGCAAGUAGGACAGUCCAAAGUACAGGUAGCUAGGAAGCUGUUUGUUUCAUGUACCACAGUUACGAGCCAAGGAUAUAUUAGAAUAAACAUUGUGAACCACUUGUCAAGUCUUCAACCCAGCUUUAAAAGUUACUGACUUUGCUCUCAUAGUAAAACAAGAAAACGUCACAAUACCUUAAAAAAAACAAAGAAACCUCUCAAGUGAUUAUUACUGAUUGUCAGUAUCAUGUUCCCGGGCUGGCUAUAGUGCAAAACAUUAGCUCACCUUUUCGUAGUGUCGGAGUCAUCGCUGUAUGUGCAUGCUUGACCAUGUGUGUGUGGAGCCCCUGCUGUGUCAUUCGCAGUCCAGCAAUCGAGUCACUUUGUGUUUAGCAACACACACUGGGACACCAAUAUUACGCCUUUUCGGGAUGCAGCAUAGGAUUUUAACUGAUAGUUAUAAACCAUUAGCUUGGUAAAUGUUCAGAAAACAUCUUUAAAACUUUAAGAACAUCUGAGAAAAUGUUAACAAGCCCUUUGAGAAUGUCAUAUAGCAUGUUUGCUUUAGUUUUCUAAUAUCUCUGAUGGCUUAAACACCUCCAAAGACAUUUUCAGGUCUUGCACAGCUUUACACAGUUGUUCACUGACAUCAAGAAGAAACAAGACUUACUUUGAAUGAAGGUGAAGAGCUAACUUUUGUAUAAAUAAAACACAGUGGCCUUGACUUUAUUUCAAGUAUUUAACAUCAAACUCCACCAUGUUCCCAAAGUCUCCCAGGUUAUAUUUGAGAAGUCACUGCCUUCUCGUUGCUGGCUGAAAAAUGAUGUCAUUCAAGGCAGGGCUGUUCCUGCUUAUGUUGUGCCCAGUGUGUGUAGCUGUGUGUGCGUUUGUGUACGUAUCUGUGUGUGUGUGUGUCUGCUAUGGUGAGUACAGUGUGUGAACAAGGCAGAGCAGGAAGGCAUCGGGGCUUAUCGUAAGGAAAUGGUCGAAGGACAACAUCCUUUUCACAUAGCAGAGUGGAGCGGGGCUUGCUGGGACUCUGGUCCUGCCUGAAACCUCAUCACCGCCACACGCACAAACUCUGCCUUGUUUUUGUUUUUACUACUGAAAUUGUACAGCAACUUUCCAUAUACAGUAUACUGUCUUAUUCAGAUCAUAACAGGAGUGAGAUGAAAAGUUGAGGAAUAAUAAAAACAUGUUAAACACUUAGCAUGUUUGGAAAGUUGCUCUUUGGUGUUCUAUGAACCCCAAAAUGUAGCUGACAUUAUACAGUUAAAUAGUUUUUAUCAGCUGUAAAGUUUAGAGUCUUCCCAGCAGCAGAGGCAAAAAUGACUUCCACUGGUUUAGAUUUUCACUGUCAAUUACCCAACAUGCCACAUGUGCAGUCCGGCGGUUGCCUCUUGUGUAACUGAAUGGCAGAGUUGGUGUUAUUACAUGGUGAGGUUGCCACAGACCUCAAGAGGGUACAGCUGCCUCUCUGUCGGGAGGAAGAAGACAGUUGACCACAUUAACUGAACAGAAGUUUCACUCACUUUGUUCUGGAUGGGAGCGAAAUGUUUUCAAACCAGGAGAACUGAGUGACUAAAAAUCGAGGCCUUCACUUAUAGAGAUUGUACAGUGAAAAAAAUAACACAAAAUAACGGUGAAUACACCUGGGUUUGUUGUCUGUUUCAGGUUUUACAGGAAAAAACUGCAACUACAAUAUUGAUGACUGUCCGGAUCAUGAGUGUCAGAAUGGGGGGACGUGUGUCGAUGGAGUCAACACCUACAACUGCCAGUGUAAACCUGAAUUCACAGGUUUGUGUGGCUCUUUUUAAAAAGAAAACCAUUUCACCUUUUGGGAUAUAGACACACGGUCUUAAAUCGUUCUACUUCUGCAGGUCAGCUUUGCACAGAGGAUGUUGACGAGUGUCAGCUGAUGCCCAACGCCUGCCAAAAUGGCGGCACUUGCCACAACACCUAUGGCAGGUACCAGUGUGUGUGCGUGAACGGCUGGGGAGGGGACGACUGCAGUGACAACAUCGAUGACUGUGCCAGCGCCGCGUGCCACCACGGCUCCACCUGUCAUGAUCGUGUUGCGUCCUUCUUCUGUGAAUGCCCUAAAGGACGGACAGGUAUUUACAUCCAUCCUUGAUUUAGAUCAUGAGACCUUAACCUUGACAUUAAAUCUGAAUGCAUCUUUUAUUCUGUGUUCGUAGGACUGCUGUGCCAGCUGGACGACGCCUGCAUCAGCAACCCGUGUCAGAAAGGCUCCAACUGUGACACCAACCCUGUCACUGGAAAUCACUUCUGUACCUGCCCAUCUGGAUACUUUGGAACUUCCUGUGAUCAGGAUAUGGAUGAGUGUUCACUAGGUAAAAAGUUGCACAAGCCAGCACAUUUCAUUUCCCAGAACCUCUCUCUUUAACUGAAAUGCUGUUCAGAUGGCUCACAUAACUGUGCCAGUAAAUGCAGAUGCUGUCUCAGCAGUCAAGUUUUCCUUGUUAGAUCCUUUAAGUACACAGGAUAAAAAUGUCACAACGACUGCCUCUUCAAUCAGGUUCCAACCCCUGUGAGCAUGCAGGCAAGUGUCUGAACACCAAGGGCUCGUUCCAGUGUAAGUGCCAGAAAGGUUAUGUGGGGCCGCGCUGCGAGCUGGACAUCAACGAGUGCUUGUCCAACCCGUGUCUGAAUGAGGCCACCUGUCUGGACCAAAUCGGGGACUUUCACUGUAUCUGCAUGCCAGGUAAGACUUUUUCAGACAGCUUGAACAUCACAGUUAGGAAAGUUAAUACAAUGAUAAGGAGAACAGAGGAAUAGGUUACAUACUUUCACUUUUUCCUCAAGCAUGGUCACUCAAACUUUGUACUUUUACCCUCAAAUGCAGCAGAGACUUUUAUUUUUUAAUCACUUCAGUGUCAUUGUACCUGAAUGUCCUAAUAAAGACUUAAAAUGUACCUUUCAAGUGCAUCUAUUCUCUUCGUCUAGUCUCAUUAUUAGCAGAGUCAUGUAAUUUAUCACAAAAGUCGAUUUUUUUUAAACUCCUUAAAGUGUUAUCAGUGGUCUUUAAAUUGUGAUUAUACAGUUUUUAUCCCAGAUCACGUUACUUGUGUCUUUUUUAAGGGCUUUUCUUCUGGCGUAGUUGUAGUAGUUCCUCAGCAACUCACCUCUGAGUCGUGGGCGGAGACAGCGCUGCUUUGCACACUCUUCUUCAUACUAGCUUGUAGCCUAAAAUUGCCAGUGUAGUAGAAGUGGCAGGUAACAUAGGAGCUAUUCAGCUCUCAGAUACUAGUGUCUUCAGGGACAUGAUGAAAGUUAAUAUCAUAAUUAGCUUUCUUACAAGCAUUGCAAUCAGCUGAUGCAGACGCUUAUUCCGCAAUUGUCCUCUCUACUUUUCUGAGUCGAGCCUGCAUAGCGGGGCUCCGGGGGCGGAGCUUGGAUUUGUGACCUAGAAAACCUCACUGUAUCUGAACCUGCUGUUUGGGUCUGCCAGAGUUUCACAGCGAUUUUAAUGACGAAAUACUCAAAAUGCAAUUUCGCACUUACUUUUCUCAUGAUACGUCCUGUAGUAUCAGAAAAAUGCCAUAUGAACAUGUAGACAACAAGAAAAACAUGAUUUUCAUCGGAGUGGGUCUUAAAGGAAAUUUGCAAAAAGUUUGAAACAAUUCAGGUAAUCAUCCACAGCUGCUAUAAAAUGUAGCAAGUACACAAUGCAGAAAACUGCACUUCCUUAAGUGUCCACUUGAGGCUGGCUUUAAGCACCAGGAAGACCACAGUUCAUCCACAUUAUAAAGCCAAUAUUUGCAGCUAUGUGCAUCCUGGGCCAGCCUCAGUUUGGCCUCUUUGCCAGUUGCCACAUUUCUCUUAGGUCAGGUUUAUAAUUCAUGAUACCACUGCACUCAGGAAGCAGCUCUUCUGCUGCUCUUUCUGUCUUUGUAAAUGCAACUUUAAAGAAAGAAUCAAUGUCAGAAUUCUCUGUAAAACUUGCACAGUUACCUGUACUAUUCCACUGAUUAAUCUGUAAAAAAAAAUAACCCCUAAUUGCUGUCCUCUUGCCUUAAAUAAAGCCACUGUGUAUUAGUUUCAGUCAUUUGAAGCAGCAUAUUCCAGCAGAGGUAAAAUGUUUCUCACUGUGUCUCUGUCUAACAAUCCAAUCCAUCCUCCCUUGCUAAUUGGCCAGGUUACGAAGGGGAUUUCUGCGAGAUCGAUAUAGACGAGUGCGCCAACAUCCCCUGCCUGAACAACGGCAAGUGUAUCGACAAGAUCAACGACUUCCACUGCCAGUGCCCCACAGGUGAGGCUGCUGCACUCCUGCAGAGGAGGGAGCGGGAGGAGAGGGAGGGAGGAGAGGGAGAGAGCGAGCAAGAGGGAGGAGGCGCGGGGCCAGGGGGCACAGAGGUCGAUCACUCUCUCUGCACUUCGCCGUCUCUCUCGUUCAGUCAAACACAAACACACACAAACACUUUUCCUGGACGGGCACUAAUCCCAGCCCUGAGGCAGGCUUACACAGGCCCGGGUAGCCCUGAACGAACGCAGCAGUCGAGAUGGAGAGGGAGAAAAAAAUCUAUAGGGAAAGGCUUGAGGAAGUUAGAACUUUUUAAACAAGUUUAAAUUCCUUAACAAAGUCUGAUGAGUGAGCAGAAACUUGUGGAUGUAACUAACACUCGGGGAGGAAGGGAGAGCUAAUUAUAGCAGACAGGAAAGCUUGCUAAAGUGCUCCUUAAAAUGACUUUUCUGUGAUAUUUUUGAACUCUUGUUUUGCAGAAAUGCCACUGGAGUUACACUACUUAUACAGGAGGUAUUGAUGUUUUGUUCAGGAGAGAAGUAAAGCAACUAUUGAAACUUGUGUAGAGAGAAAAGAAGAAAGCAAGGGAACGAUCUUCAAACUCCCCAAAUCAGUUUUUUGUUUUGCAUUCUUUCGUCAGGAUCAUUGAGGUGGAAGUGAUUUUUUUCUUCUUGGGGGGAAAAAUAGCGAAGCUCAGAGACGGGUGGAUCAAAGGCGGCCUGGGUGGAGAGAGGCAGGAUUCCUCCUGUUGAGAGAGAAAAGAAAGGAAGAAGAAAAGUUAGAAAGAAAGAGAGUCAGAAAAAGGCAAAGAAAGGAGAGACACCCAACAAGGAAGCUUUAGCCUUAAUGGAGCGGGGGUACAAGAGGGAAACAGGAGCUUAACGCCUUAGAGAAGUCUGUGUGUGACAGAGAGAGAGGGUUAUGUGAGGAAGCGGCACAAAGUGGUGGCAGUGAAAGUGUUUUUUUUUUUUUUUUUUUGGUUGGGGGGUGAAGGGAGAAGAGGGGGGUGAGACGCACAGACCGUUAUGUUGAAGCAGGAAGGGAGGGGUAAAAGAAGGGAAGGGGUCUUAACCGCCCUGCUUGAGAUGUAAAUUUGUCCCCGUUGUGAGCCAGGCCUGAGGCGAGGGUCCCCUCUUAUUAUUUCUGUACAUGGAAUAGCCAUGGAAACCCCACUGAGAGCCAUUGAAAUGUCUGAUUCCAGCAGUCUGGGGAUAAAUCCCUCUUUGGCUGCUGAGGUGCAUGAUGGUGUGUAUGUGUGUGUGUGUGCAUGCUUGCAUUUCAGCUUCAACUAUUGUGUGGAUAUGCAUAUGUGUUCAUCUGUGUAAGAAAUUCUUUCACAGAGUUUUUGCUUUUGGCCUCUUUGAUUUCAGUCAGGGGUGUUUUCGUUUUAAUACUGUAACUGAGCUGUGAAGGAACUCAGCUUUAGCUUUAGAAACUGGAAAACAAAGGUUUGUUCCUGCUGCUUGUAGAAUAUUUGUAUACUCUUCUCCCUCUGAGUCCACAAACAACUUCUGAUCAUGAAAAUGAUCCGUGAGGAGUUUGGGUUGGCUCCUCUUACUUUGCUGAUCUAGUCCUGUAAAUGCAGUAUAUUUGUAUAUUUGAAUUAUUCAUUUAUUUAAUUUAUUACAUAUUUACUUACAAUAAAUGAUCAUCUUAUCCAAAAUGAACUAUAAUGUAUGGCAGGUUUAUUUUUAUGAUGAAGAAGGCAGGUGGUUACGAGAUCUAUCUAUCUAUCUAUCUAUCUAUCUAUCUAUCUAUCUAUCUAUCUAUCUAUCUAUCUAUCUAUCUAUCUAUCUAUCUAUCUAUCUAUCUAUCUAUCUAUCUAUCUAUCUAUCUAUCUAUCUAUCUAUCUAUCUAUCUAUCUUUGAGUUAAUAUGACUAUAUAGAUAUAUACAUGAAGAUGUAUACAUAUUUUGAUGUAUACAUGUAGAUUUAUUUAUGUAGAUAUUGAAAUAUAUCUACCUGCACGUAGAUUUAUGCAUAUAGAUUUAGUCAUAUAGAUAUACUGUAUAGAUGUAUGAUUACAGAUAGUCAUAUUUGGUCUCUCCUGGAAAGUUCUACCUCAAUAUUUAUUUGAUUUUUUUUGUGCUGAGAUAUUUCAUCUGAUGUUAUUUGCAGCUAAGUCAGAAAAAACACUGAAUGGCUCCAGUAAAGUCCAGAGGGAGAAAUCAGUUCGGCAGCCAGACACACAAAUACUUCCUCGCCGGAUUAGCUGCUACUGAGUCUUUUUUUAUGAUGUGAAACCACCUGUGUGUUCCUGCUCUGGUGUGGUUGAGGGGCGGAGGGGAAACCUUUAUCUCUUCAUCUAACAACACCCCUCUAUAAGCCCCCGGACUGUACCAUCAUGUGACUGAGGGGGAACCAAAAGAAAAUAUCAGCGAUGAGAAUGAUUUCAAGAAUAAAAGAAAAGCCUGCUGACUGAUUUUGAAUGACAAGGAGGUUGAAUGGUAAAGGGUCAAAGGUCAAGCGGGUUCUUUUUAAAGGGGCGCAGGGAGUAGAGGGGGUUGUGGAGAGGGGGUGAGCGCAAGAUGGGGGAAUGCACAUUGUGAUGGAAAAGUAUUCAGGGACAAAGGAGGCAACGGGCUCAGUUUGGCGUUGCGUUGAGCAGACAGGCCCGCCUUUGUCUCUCACCCCUUGGUCAGGAGGCCUCGCAACUUUCAUUCUUCCCUCAUCUCUUCCCCUCUCCUCCUCCCUCCCCCCCUGCUUGAAACGAAAUGGUCCCCUCACUCUCCUCUUUCCCUUUUGGACUAUAGCUGAAAGAAGUGAAAGGGAAAAUAGAGAGUUUGUAGUGUUGCAGAGUUGUUAAUUAACAUGCAGAUUUCUGAUUUGUCAAGAGCUCUAACAGUUCAGGCUCAAAAUUGUAAGAGGGGCCGGUUUGAAAUGGUGAGAACUCAGUCGCAUUUCUGUACACUCACACACACACAAACACAAACUCCUUCAUGCUCUCAUGCACACAGUAACACCCUCUUGUUGUUUUUCCAGGCUUCACUGGGAUACUUUGCCAGAUAGACAUCGACGAGUGUGCCAGCACACCGUGCAAAAAUGGCGCCAAGUGCACAGACGGACCCAACAAGUACACUUGCGAGUGCACUGAAGGUAUUUGUCUCUUCUUAUUUGUUUGAUUUUCGGACAACACCUUGAGCUGCAGAAAAGAAAACACACUUUAGGACCAAAAAUGAAGAAAAUAUUUUCUUUCAAUUUAGAUUUAUCUCCAUUUAAACCUACAAAAUAGCACAUGAUAUGGGGGCACUAAAGAAGUGGGCAGUGAGGUCCACCCACAACAAAGGAGAGAAACAAUUACAUCAGUGUUGACAAAAACAUCUUCUUCACCAGGUUACUCUGGGAGGCACUGUGAGACAGACAUCAACGAGUGCCACUCAGACCCGUGCCACUACGGGACCUGCAUCGACGGCCUGGCCUCCUUCAGCUGCCACUGCCAUCCUGGAUACACAGGCCGGCUGUGUGAGACCAACAUCAACGAGUGUUUGAGCCAGCCGUGCAGGAAUGGAGGAACCUGCCAGGACCGCGAGAACUCUUACAUCUGCAGCUGCCCCAAGGGAACGACAGGUAACCAGCGCUUCACAUAAACUAAAGACGCAAAGAUGCAUUUUUUACGGUUAUGAAGGAUACUGAUAUCAGUUUUCUGACAGGAAUCAACUGUGAGAUCAACAUUGACGACUGCAAGAGCAAUCCCUGCGACUCUGGAACGUGCAUCGACAAGAUCGAUGGUUACGAGUGCGCCUGUGAGCCUGGCUUCACAGGUAAACAAUGCUGCAGAUGUAAAAGUGGAAACUUUAUUCCUUACUUUGGAGUUUGUGACAUUGAUUAUGAACUGUGGAGAGAAAAAUCAAACUGAGAUUUCAGAUUUCAGAUUUAUAUGCAGGUAAUCUUGCAGAGAUCGAAUCCAGCUUUAAAAAAGGGGAGAACUGUGCUCAUAUAGAUAUCCGUGCUCUUCUGCCUUUACCCAAAUUGAAUCUAAGGCUUUCUUCUGCUUCAAAGCUAAUUUAAAACAAGUUAAACAUGUCCGCUGUCUCAGGUGACCAGUACAAGAAAUGGGUGUUUAAGGUGCAGGAUUAGAGGACUGAUCAUAUACAUGAAGGAGUGUGGGUCUGGAUGGGGAGGGUGACAGAUGGUGAGCGAGCGAGCACACUCCUCUGAGGCUUGACCGGUGUCACUUUCCAGCUCCACCCUGUCCUCAAACCUGCUGCUGCUCGGACGCGCAGGCUGCCUCUGACACAAAGAGGGGACACACACACACUCUCGGGCGCACACGGUCACCUGGGAUUUAGGCAGGAGAAAAGAUUCCCUGAAAGAUUCCUGAAAGUUGAGCUGUUAAAAGCUUGGAAGGCGGCCCCUGCUUUAAAGCUAAAUGGGCUGCCUUUAUGUUAUGCGUGGCACCAGGCUGAAUGGCGUCAACGCUUCAAGUGGCCGACAAAGGGCGACUUAAAACCCCUCAUGUUUCUGGAAAUUGAUACAUUGACUGCACAAAAAUGUAGACUUCAUUGUCAGGUGAUUUUGUCCACGGCAGCAUGAGGUAUCACUUAGAGUUUAAAAUAAUACUUCAAAAAGAGUCCAAAGUGGUCUUGUUGACAGCUGUUAGAGAAAUCCACAUACUUACUCCCAAGAUACGUUACUGUCAAGAGGACACUCUGCUACCUGAUGAUAUACUAAAGUCAUAUGAUUCGUAGACCUUGAUUUUCUCUUCUGGAAAGAUUUGAAAGAGAAGAUUUAAAACAUUUCAUAGGACAUUAAUUGAUAAAUGUGAAAGUAAAUGCUCGUUAGAGGAAUAAGCUGUCAGCAAAAAUCUGACCUGAAAGAACUUAAGUAAACACAGAGAAAAGGGAGCGUUCAUAAAAUAAAGUCUUAAUUUUUUCAGGGACCAUGUGCAACAUCAACAUCGACGAGUGUGCCAUCAACCCCUGCCAUAACGGGGGCACCUGCAUCGAUGGCAUCAACAGCUUCACCUGUGUGUGUCCAGAAGGUUACCAUGACACCACCUGCUUCUCCCAGGUCAACGAAUGCCUCAGCAAUCCCUGCAUCCACGGUCACUGUGAAGACAGGAUCAACGGGUGAGUGUAUUCUUUCACAAUAAUUUCCAUAAUUUUCAUAAUAAGUUAAUCAAUCUGUAGGCUCAACUUAUAAGGAUUUCUUCUCCAGCCCUCGCAUAUGCAGUUGUGAAGCUCUUUUGGUGGCAUUGAUAGUAAUAAUGUACAGAUGGACCCCCACUUCCUCCAAUUAAUUUUCCACUCUCAUCACCUGUUAUGUUAAAUGUAGGAGUCUUUUCAAUCAAACUAGAGCUCCCAAAAAGUUUUUUUUUUAACUUUGUAACAUAGCACUGUUUUCUUCAAAGGCAUGAUCAUGACCUAAUGAGGGAGAAAAGCUUUUAAAAGUGGCUCCACAAGGCUGAUCUCCCUGGAUAUGUAUGCAGCAUGCCUUGCACAGUGAAGUGGUUACUCCCUUCUUCAAACCCUAGCUUAUUUAUGGUAUAUGACACAUUAAACUAUUUCACUCACAGGAUAAAGCUCAUAAAAAUGUAAAAAAAAAGUGUCCUAUACACCAGAUUUUAUGGUAAUUGUUUGUCGUUUGAUUUGGAAAUUUGAGAUGUGCUUCCUUUUUGUAUUUUUUCGAAUAGGCUUAAAACAUUUUGUUAUAGCACUCCACUCAAGGUCCCAUUGCUGCUGUUAAAGAACAGUGAACCCUCUUACACUGGGUGUUUCUAAAGAGACUUAUAACUGAGAUUUUCUGAUUAUUUUCUCCCCGUUAGUUAUAGAUGCUUGUGUGAUUCUGGCUGGAGCGGCAAAAACUGCGACAUCAACAACAACGAGUGUGAAUCCAACCCCUGCAUGAAUGGAGGCACCUGCAAGGACAUGACCAGUGGAUACGUUUGCACCUGCCGCAUGGGCUUCACAGGUCAGUGUUCGUGUCGUGUAGAGGAGAGUGAGUGAUGGCGUUUUGCCUCUUUUUUUCUAAACCACUUGACUGCUGACCUUAAAUCAAAGAGUGAUUGUGAUCGGUUGAUUGUUUUAAUCACAGGUCCGAACUGUCAAACAAACAUCAACGAAUGUGCCUCCAACCCCUGCCUAAACCAGGGGACGUGCAUCGAUGACGUGGCAGGCUACAAGUGCAACUGCAUCCUGCCUUACACCGGUAUGAAAAUAUUACUGGAAAUGUUCGAUACGCACAUUUUUGGCCUGGUGUUCUGGCAUUUCCUGUUCAAGUGUAGUCUCUAUGGCCUGUGUGCUCUAAAGUUUCUGGACAAAGAGGAAAAACGUGCGGCGGAUGGAGUAACUCCCGAGUUAAGUUCAACUGCAAGACUUCCUCAGGGCUCAGAGACACCAAAACCUUUGACUCACUCUGCUCCUCUGAGAUACCCAAACAUCCCUGAAAAGACAGCUGGAAAAUAUUUUCCUGUCAUCUAACUUAUUAUUUGUCAAAACAGAGAAUGAUGGAAAGGCUAAGGGCACAUUUUCUUGGAUUUGUAGAGUUGUCUUUUUGGAAAAAUCCACAAGUCUUUGAAUAAUAAAAAGCUUUUUCUCUGCCGGGGUGGGAACGGGGUGCUUGACACAUUUCCUGUUUGCCUGCUUCCUGUCUCACAGAACAGCAAAUGGCUUCACAAUGGCCGGAAAGUGGAGCCGGCUUCCUGUAUGAGCCCUGUGUUGUGGAAACAGAUAGGGAAAUGUCUCCACAGGUCGCUCACACUGACAGAGCCUGGCGAAAAUCUUCUGAUAGCACUGAUUGAAAGAUGAUUCUGUGUCCAUUUAGUUUGGGUUAUCUCCAAGUUCAUGACUCCUGCAUGAUGUCACCCGGUACAAGAGGUUUUUAAAGAAACUUGGUACGUUGGCAUGCUUUAAUGGAGAUGUCCUUACCUUUUUGUGUUAUAGGAGAGAACUGUGAGACCUUGAUGGCCCCCUGCGGCUCCAAACCCUGUAAACAUGGAGGAGUGUGUCAGGAGUCAGAGGACUAUCAGAGUUUCUCCUGUGUCUGUCCUGAAGGAUGGCAAGGUAAACAUACGGAAAUAACUCAAAGUUCUGCUGCUGAGUCUCCAACAGAGUAAAAAACCUCAAACCCUGAAAUUUUAAAUGUUGCAUGUAAAAUUAACAUUUUUCAGAUAGGUGCUCAUUUAGUUGAGAAGUUUUAUGAAUCAUUUGAAAGGCUUCUGAGGUUUCUCUCCUGGAAAACUUCCAACGCUUGUACAAAAAUGGUUUACAGUUUUUCUCAGUCACUUUGGUGCAUUUUGGUGCAAGUGUAGCUCUAAUUUCAUCAGGGAUUUGUCUUAUGUACUUCACCUCUUCUUCCUCUGACCCUGUUUUGUCCCCUUCCUCUUUCUCCUCACAUUCUCAUCCCUCCUCCACAACGCUGACCUUCCAUAUUUGUGUCACAGAAUUGUAGAAAUGGUACACACUAUGUCCUGCUUGCCAAGUGAGGGUUCGUGGAAUUGUUCAAUUUAGGAGUCAUUUUCAGGAGAAAAAAUUAAGAAGGAAUGUAUGAAAUCAGCUUGACAGAUUUUGACAACUAGUUCAACAUUUUUUUAUGUAAUGACUCAAUCAAUGAAAUGAGGACUAUUAGUUUUACAGGGACUGACUAUUCAGCAUUCAUAAGUAUAGUUUAUUUUGACUGACAUGACAGAAGCAAAUGAUAAUGUUAUAAAACAGCAGAGAAUUGUGUGAAAGUAACUAAUACAUGUCCAAGAGCAUUUGCAAUUUGUUCAGAGUAAUGAGAAACUGCUACAAUGAUGUGCACAAAUGACUCAAUGUUGUGGAGGUUGAACUAAUAGUUAUGAGAACUUUCAUACUGACAUGAGAAAUGCACCAAAGCAACUGAGAAAAACUGUAAAAUGACAAAAAAAAAUAGUAUGCCGGUCCAGUAGGUGGCAAUAAUGUGUGAUCAGUCUUGUCACAUAAAUCACCACAGAGGAACAUUAUGGGCAUGUGGAUGGAGCGUAAUCUUUAGUGAGCCCCCACACUGAGGUGUAAUGAUGAAGAACAGCCAGGUUUCAUUGUAAACAUGCAAUUAAAUCUUGCAGGACCAGACAGACAUAAACCCAUUAUUCUGGAUUAUGGUGCAGCACAUGUAAACAUUUUCCACAUGCAUGUUGAAGGAAGGGCGUCUGUUCCUCAUAACCUCCGUUCUGGUUAACCCUUCAUAUACAGAGAAAAUACAGGUGCAGCUCAAAAAAUUAGAACAUUCUGGAAUAGUCCAUAAUAUAUUUAAUUCAAAAAGUUUCAAAGGCCCGGGUUGCUGCUAUCAGCUCCUUUUGGUGUCUCUCAUUUGUCUCUUGACAAUACUUCAGAGACUGGGGUUCAGGUCUGGGAAGUCAAGCACAGUUAUACUAGGGUCAACAAACCAGCUUCUGGUGGUUUUGGCACUGUGGGCGGGUGCCAGGUCCUGCUACAAAAGGAAAUCUGUAUCUCUGUAAAGCUUCUCAGCAGAUGGAAACAGGAAUUGAGUGAUCAGUGUAGAAUAUGUUGAAGUUUCCCUCAUUGAAUGAAACUGGAAAAAAUCCAAUUUCCUCGCCUGGUUGCUUGGUUUUGUCAUUUCUUUUUAUCUAACCUGGCAGAAUGAUAAAUUGCAGUUACCAAAGUGUGUCAUGCCACCAUUCGAAGAAAGUAUAUACUUAAGUAUCCUCUUCCUUCCUCUUACAGGCCAAACAUGUGAGGUGGAUAUUAAAGAGUGUGUGAAGAAUCCUUGUCGUAACGGAGCGACCUGCCAGAACACUUUGGGCAGUUAUCGCUGCGGCUGCAAGCCGGGAUACACCGGGCGUAACUGUGAAACCAACAUUGAUGACUGCAAACCCAGUAAGUGUUUCUCUUCAUCUGCUUUUAAUCCUUUUGUUUUGUUAAUAAGCUGUGAACAAACUAAGAGUUUCGCAUCUUAAAUCAAAAACUAAGUCAAACGCAUAAUCCUUACUUUUACAGACCCCUGCAGUAACGGGGGCCGCUGUCAGGAUGAGGUGAACGGCUUCCUGUGCACCUGCCUGGCCGGCUUUCGGGGCACAAAGUGUGAGGAGGACAUCAACGAGUGCGAGAGCAACCCGUGUAAGAACGGUGCCAACUGCACCGACUGUGUCAACAGCUACACCUGCACCUGCCCAGCCGGCUUCAGUGGGAUCCACUGUGAAAAUAACACACCUGACUGCACCGAGAGGUACAGAACUAACUGAUCACACAGUCUGACUUUAAAAUCAGGUAGAGUAAAGAGCUCAAGGCAUAAAGGACAAACUAAACACAUUAUUUAAACUAAAGGAGAAGAAAGUUUGUACUUACACAGGAUGAUGAGAGAGGCUUGUUUGAAUACACUUGUUAGAGAGGAGCACAAUUUCCUGCCCACCACUGCCCCCUGUGGUGGAGUAGGUGUACAUUUCUAGGUAUCACAGCAGGCCCAUGAACAGCUGGUGAAGCUACCCAAACUCAAAAUGAGCACAUGCUUGUGGUUGCUCUAUCAUAAUUCUGGUGUCCCUCAUCAGUUUAAGUGAGCUUGAAAAUGAAGUAUGAAAAAAAACAUCUUUAUGAACUUCUUGUGUCAAAAUCAGAUGUGGAUGAUUUUGAUUUAUUAGCUCCUUAUGCUCUCAAUAAAGAGCUGCAGAAGAGUUACCUUCGUUUCCUUCUGCAGUUCAUGUUUCAACGGAGGCACCUGUGUGGACGGCAUCAACGCCUUCACAUGUUUGUGCCCGCCGGGCUUCACCGGGAGCUACUGCCAACAUGACAUCAACGAAUGCGACUCCAAACCCUGCCAGAACGGCGGCACCUGCCAGGACAGCUACGGCACCUAUAAGUGCACCUGCCCGCAUGGAUACACCGGACUCAACUGUCAGGUAGGAGCACAGAGAAGUAGAAGUUUAGGUUGAGUGAGCUUAUAAGGUAGUUACUCUUUCUUUUACAGAUGUGCCUUCAGCUGUUGGUUCCUCUGUUUUUCAGAACUUGGUCCGCUGGUGCGACUCGUCACCCUGUAAGAAUGGAGGGAAGUGCUGGCAGAAAGAAACCACCUACAGCUGCCAGUGUGAGACAGGCUGGACAGGACUUUAUUGUGAUGUUCCCAGUGUUUCCUGUGAGGUGGCAGCUAAACAGAGAGGUAUGAUGAGGGUAUCCGGGUUUAAAAACCUCUUUUGUGUUAGUUUGUGUGUGUGCAUUUCACUUUGCUUUAAAAACUACUGAAUCCCCUCCUCCCGUUUCCCUUUGUGCAGGAGUCGAUGUCGCCCAUUUGUGCCGCAACUCUGGUCAGUGUCUGGAUGCUGGAAAUAUUCACUACUGCCACUGCCAGAUCGGCUAUACAGGAAGUUACUGUGAGGCGCAGGUGGAUGAAUGCACCCCUAACCCCUGCCAGAAUGGAGCCACCUGUACUGACUUCUUAGGUGGAUACUCCUGCAAGGUAACAAAACUGAGCAAUUCAUGGUUGGAAAUUUUAAGAAAAUAAAAAUACAGGUUCAGAAAUCGUUUGUCGUAGUCUUUUUAAGUUAUACACAUCAGAACGCAUCGUGUCUAAACAGUUCACUGUAUCAAAUUGAGGCAAAUGAAAGACCAAUAAGAAGUCACAUUUGUUAAAGCCUCUUCUGGACAAAGUGAGACCUUUCAUAUCUGCAGAUCUGACCUGCAUACUGUAUGUGUAAGUCAUACUUACGAUGGAAAUUUCAUCCAGCUGUCUCCAAACAGCCAAAGAAUUUAUAAUCUUAGCUGAUUUCUAAAGCCUGCCCUUAGAAAAGCUUUUGAAACACAUAUAACUCAACAACACGAGACUACGAAAAAUCCAGCUUUUAAACAGAUGUCAUGAUUCAGGAUGUAUGUAUUAUAAUAUAAAACACUGUUAAACAGAAAUCAGCAUAGUUAUGAGGAUUUUAAAAUUUGGUUUUAGCUGCAAAAAAUGUCUUAAACCCGACCUUAAUUGGCAUUUUAAAGCCCUGUUUACAUCUCCUGAUGUAUCAAACUUCUUUACAUGCAUGUAAAAAACAUCUCUACUCUCUAUUUUUGAUAUAUUAAUUAGUAACGAUGCCUCGACACACAGAAGGCAGCCUGUUAGAUGUUACAACAGCAGACAGGCCUGUUUAUAAAUAGAAAACAAACAGCUUGUUUGAGUUAAUCUCCCCUGGAAUAAGAGAUCUGCUGGCCUUGGCAGGACGGAGACCAGAAAACAGCCAGGUAAACAGAAACCAUCUUUGUUUCAUGUCAUUGAUUAAACGUUCCCCUCUCUCUCUCUAUCCUCUUCUUUUCUUUUCUUCCUCUCCCUCUUCUUCUGCAUCUUCUUACUCCUCUCAGUGCAUGCCAGGAUACGUGGGGACCAACUGCUCUGACGAGAUCAAUGAAUGCCUCUCUCAGCCGUGCCAGAACGGGGGCACCUGCAUUGACCUGAUCAAUACCUACAAAUGCUCCUGUCCCCGGGGAACCCAAGGUCAGCAGACCCCACGCACACUCCUCCACACUGCUCUGCCUCUCCGUCCUCUCCUCCUUGUCUCCACGCUUCAUUAAUUAGGGCUUAACAGCAGCCAGGGCAUGUCUGAAAACUCCUCCUCCAGUCCGGUCUCCAUCCCUCCCUCUACCUGUCAAAUACACCAUUGAUUUUUCUCUCACACAUGAAGGGAGUGUGUGUGUAGGUCAGCCCAGAGUGCCAGAAGAGUUAGCGGUAUCCUGAAAGCAAACAUGUUGAUGGAGGUGUUUUAAUCAAGAGAUGAGGAAAGUUAUUAAAUGUCAGAAGUUAGCGAAAUAUUAUCCUUAAAUGUCCUUGAAUGCUAAUACUGCUGGAAACUUAUUUUACUCACUCAAAAAUGAACAAAUACGCCUGUUUUGUGUUGACUUUAGAUCAACUUAGACAAAAAGGUGGAUCUGAGGCAGGUGUGAAGCUGCCAUCCAUCCAUCCGUCCAAAAUCUCAGCUGUGUCCUUAAUCAUGCAAAUAUACAAAAGGGUCACUCCUUAAGAGACAUUGUCAAAUCUCUACUUAUGUGCUGCAAGAAUUUGCAUUUUGAAUCGGGACUUUAAGGGUUUCUUUGGUUUUUCAGUCAGCAUUUAGUGGACACUCAAAGAACUGCAGUUUUUUUUACACUUCUGUGUCAGCCAGAGUUUACUGCUUUUUCUGGAAACACCAACGUUUUCUAUCUCUGUAAAUUUUAGUUUUUUAGCUCUUGUAGAAUUGUUACAGCUGCAUAAUAACCUGCUCAUCCAAUCACCAAACACAACUUUGGUUUUGUGCUCAUCUUACUGUUUCUAAAUCCAAAUAGUCAAAGGUAAAAAAAACAUUUUUAAUCCAAGUGGCCUGGGGAUUUGAUUUUGUAAAUGUUAUUUUUAUCAAGUUUAACACAAUUUACAUUUUUUUUUAAUAAAUUAAAACUUGUGCAGAAGCAAAACACCGGUUUACGCAGUUUUGAGAGAGGAGAAACUAAAAGAUGAGCCCCAAUUCUGCAGUUAUGCCGAGACAAAAACAGUUAUGUAAUUGCAAAUAGUAAUCUUUCCCAGUGACCUUACCAGAUUGUAAUGUAUUAGGUAGCCACAAGAAAGACAACAUUUUGGGGAAUUAUGAAGCUAUUCCUGUCUUAUUUGCGGCUUCAGGUCACACAUUCAUAAUUAGAUCCCUUUGCUUCACAUUUAAAGGUCAAUAUACGUGGUCAGUGAGAGUUUUUCUGGGAAGUGUGGGAUUACCUUGUCAAGUUAAAAAACAUACAUUUAAAGCAGAUCAGUCAUUUAAUCAGGAGCCCCAUGCAGAGGCUAUAAUUUUCUGCUCUAUCCAUUGUCCUGUCUCCUUAAAAAAAGGCAUGAAAGGCCUCUAAACACCAUUGAUACAAAAACAGAAAACAUAUUAUUCAUUAAAAUAGUAUAAUUUCAACUCAUAUUACAAAGUUUACCUUGUGAUGCUUAAACACUAAGGAGCAAAAACGUCUCUUUAUCCACUUAAACUUCUUGUCCUCGUGUCUUGAAGGUGUUCACUGUGAAAUCAACAUUGACGACUGCACCCCCUUCACCGAUCCAGUCACCAGUGAGCCAAAGUGUUUCAACAAAGGGAAGUGUGUGGAUCGAGUUGGAGGCUACCACUGCAUCUGCCCGGCCGGAUACGUGGGGGAGCGCUGUGAGGGAGACGUCAACGAGUGUCUGUCCAACCCCUGUGACCCACGUGGCACCCACAGCUGCAUCCAGCUCACCAACAACUACCGCUGCGAGUGUCGCACCGGAUACACAGGUAAACAGACGGUCAGGAAGGAACGCCUUAAGAAGUUUGAUAAAGUUUGUUUUGGUGUCUGUGUCUCCUCUGAGUUUGACUUGAGUGCAGAUUAACUUUGUGACAGAUUAACUCAUUUUAACUGUUUUAGGACUGAAACUGUUUUUCAUUACUCCUGCCUUAGGAAGUUCUUCUUUAAAUUUCUUUUUAAUGUUUUGUCCUUAAGUAAAAGAUUUGUGCUUUCCUCAGUUGUAACAUUCAGCUCUCACAGAUCUUAGCGCACUUUGUGAAACGUGAAAAUAGAUGAUGAAUGGAUGAAAGAAACAAUGUUCAUCUCUGAAUGUAAAAAGUCAAACCUGUAGUUAUAUGUGAGUUUAUUUUGCAAAAAUGAGAUAAAAUCAUUUGUAUAUUUCACGUCUUACUCAUCUGCAGGUCAGCGCUGUGACACAGUGUUUGAUGGCUGUAAGGGAAAACCGUGUCGUAACGGAGGGACCUGUGCUGUUGCCAGUAACACCCCACAUGGCUUCAUCUGUAAAUGUCCUCCUGUGAGUACCAACACAUCACGGGAUAUUUUGAUAGCUUGAUUUCACUCUAACAUGAUGGAAAACCUGACUUCCAAACACUAAAUAAAUGUGACCCUCAAUCAAAAUUAUCCUAGAAGAAAAUGUAAAAAUUGUGGAGACCAGAUAUUUGACUCCACAGUGAAGACGGGAAGUCCUCACAAUAAAAAGAUGUAAACAUACAGUAUUUUCCAUUUGUGAUAAAUACAAGUAAACAUACCCAUAAGCAAGAAGUAGCAAUUAAUUUAACCCAUUGCCUAAAAUCCUCAUUUUUUGUGGUUGAAAAUAAAUACAGAUCCAUUUCUAAUAUAAAUGAAAUUAACCAGAAGAACAGCAAGUUUAAAAUGUAUGGUUUUCUUUCUUUCAGGGCUUCACUGGCUCCACGUGUGAGUAUGAUGCCCAGGCCUGCGGCAGCCUACACUGUCGCAACGGAGGCACCUGCAUCUCUGGCCACAAGCGUCCCACAUGUCUGUGCACUGCGUCCUUCACUGGACCCGAAUGCCAGUUUCCCACCGACAGCCCCUGUAACUCCAACCCCUGCUACAACGGCGGCACAUGCGAAUACACCUCUGAGGCUCCGUUCUACCGCUGCGUCUGCCCCACAAACUUCAACGGCCUCCGCUGCCACAUCCUCGAUUACAAUUUCCAGGGAGGAUUUGGCACCAGCAUCACACCGCCGCCCACAACGGAGUUGGAGGUCUCCUGUGACAUCCCGCUGUGCGAAGAAGCAAAGCACAACAAGGUCUGCGACGUGCUCUGUAAUAACCAUGCGUGCGGCUGGGACAACGGCGACUGCUCGCUCAACUUUAACGAUCCGUGGAAGAACUGCUCGGCCUCGCUCCAGUGCUGGAGAUACUUCAACAACGGGAAGUGCGAUUCACAGUGUGACAAUGUUGGGUGUCUUUAUGAUGGAUUUGACUGCCAGAAUCUGGAAAGAGAGUGCAAGUAAGUGGAGCAGAUAUUUUUUCCUUUUAGAUUUUAUUUCUAAGUCCUGAAAAAUUCCUAAAAAAAACUGUCUCCUUUUUAGAGCAGGGGACAUGGUUUCCAUGAUUUCCAAUAAGAGUGUUAUUUUUAGACAUAACCACGGGACAGCUUUCAAAUUUAAACAUUUAAAUCCUUUAGCUCUAACUCAACCUUCUUUUCUUCAGUCCUCUGUACGAUCAGUACUGCAAGGACCACUAUGCCGAUCGCCACUGUGACCAGGGCUGCAACAACGCUGAAUGCGGUUGGGACGGCUUGGACUGUGCCAAUAGCAUGCCAGAAAAGCUCGCCCUGGGUCAGCUGGUCGUGGUGGUGCACAUCACCCCUGAGCACCUCCUUAACAACUCCUUUGGCUUCCUGCGAGAGCUCAGCCGCGUCCUCCGCACCAACGUCAUCUUCAGGAGGGACACUAAAGGCGAGACGAUGGUUUACCCAUACUACGGUAACGAACAUGAGCUGAAGAAGUAUGUCGUGAAGCGUUCAGUGGAUACGUGGUCAGAGGUUCCUGUAAAGGUGCUGAAUGUGAUGAAGAGGAGCCUGUAUGGUGUGUCCAGCAGGACCAAGAGGAUGAAGAGGGAGCUGGAUCACCUGCAGAUCAAAGGGUGAGCAAGGAUGCAAACGUGUCUACAAAAGUCUACAUGAGUCUAAUUACUGUACAAAAGACAAUAACAUGUCUGGCCUCUCUCUACAGAUCAGUGGUUCACUUGGAGGUGGACAAUCGUCAGUGCUUCCAGCAGUCCACUGAGUGUUUCCAGAGCACCAACGAUGCUGCAGCUUUCCUCGGAGCUUUGGCCUCCAGUGGAAAACUGGAUGUUCCCUACACCAUUGAAGCUGUUUUCAGUGAGUACAUCUCAUUUAGUUCUUCAUGAAGCAGAGAAAAUAUCACACUUAGACUGCUUGGUGCUGCUUUUACUUAAGAAAUAUCUACAACAUAUUUAUUUCUUCUAUUUUGUUGAGAUGAGGGACAUUAUACAAGCAUUAGACAUAAAUAUGACAGAAAUCAGUUGCAGCAGUUAUAGUUUGAAACACAGUGUCCAGAUUUCUCCCUCUGCAGGACCAUAAAGGACUUCAACUUUCGGAGUGUGUUGGAAACAGUUUUUCAGCCAUUAGAGGAAAAAAGUUUAUUUGAAAGUUUAGGGACUAAUCUCAAAAACAAUUUGAAUUUAAAAUGGUCUUAAGAAGUCUGACUCGACUAGGUCAUAGAUUUUAGAUGGUGCUAAAUUCUAGACCGAGGCAUGACUGAAUACGUUAUUAAAUCUAGUUGCUUUAUGAUUAUUCUUUUUUGUGGAGUUGCUUAUUCCUGAGAGAAUCUUGGGCGUAUAGAGUAUCUUUGAGCAGAAGAAAGAAGGAAGAGAAAAAUGCUGGUUUAAAAAAAUUUGGAAUAGCGGACAGAGUGACUAGAAAUAUAUAGAAUAGAAUAUUCCUUUAUUGAUCCCCCAUGGGGGAAAUUUUUUAUAAAUAUCUAUAUAAAUAUAUAUAGAAGAGCCUUUUGAUUUGGAAUACAGAGCUAAAUGUGCUGCUCAAAUGUGGUAGAAUUAACUUUGAAAAUUGUGCUACAGCCCUGUUUUGUUGUGUUUGUGGGAUCUGCAUGGUUUCAAAUAAGUAGACUAAAACACGUUGAACUGCUGGUAUGAUCCUCGAAGGCCUCUCUAUAGUGUCCACACAUAUGUUCUUAUACUCAAGCGGAUACGACACGUGCUCCUCCGCACAUUCAAAGCACUCGCCGCGCCCUCUGCUCAGGUCCUAACCCUGGCACUCUUUGAUUGUGUAUUUGUUAUUCAGCGGUGAACAAAUGCAAUUGUGAAUCUCAUGGCCUAAACAAUCAAUCCUUCCUUCAGUGUGUAAAUCCACUGGCUUCAGGCUCCAAAAUGGUUAAUUGCUGCAAAUCAACUCAUCCUACCCCCUGCUCACACAAUACAAGUCUCAGUGUCUGUGUCUGUCUCAUUGCCUCUCACACUCAUGUACACAUAUACGUCCACAGAUGAAACACACACACAUGCACACACUCACACUUCAUCCCACAGUGUGAGGGGCUGCUGCAACCUUCACCUCGCUGAAUGUAAUACCAGGACUUAAUGCAUCUCUGAGGGUUUAGGUUGGGGGAGUUUAUCAUUUCAAAAUCGUUAGUGGAAAAAAAAGAGAAGGGGUAAAAUUGAUCGGGAGUGUGCUAGAAGUUGGGAGUCUUUGUUAUCUUGAAAAUCCUAAUAAAUCCUUCGUCUUUACAGCUUAAAGCGCGUGCAGUAAUUUGAAGUUCAUUAAUCCCCCUCCUUUUUUUCUCUUAAAGAAGAAAUGGUAAAGUUGUCUCUUGGUACCCUGGGUUGAAAAGGGAGAGAGGAGGUGGUGGUGUUCUUUUUUUUUACCCCUUUUUUCUUUUUUUCCUUUUUUAUCAAGCCCCAUCCCUUUUUUCCCUUUUUUGAUGAAAAGUGGUUAGCAAUUCUGAUUAUUACAGAAUAGAUAGUAGAAGCUAGCUUUACAAACGCUGAGGACCCUCAGUCAGUUCCUGGCGCUCGCUGCUGGUUGCGGAGUAUUUUGAGUGGGAACGCCGGGGCGAAGAAGAGCCAGACUAGCUCCACUCGAGCACUCAGGCUGAUCCUGGGUGUCCCGGUCUGUCCUCUUGUCAGUCCACACCUGUUCCUCGGCGCCCGUCUUGACCAUGCUGUCCAUUUUCCUACCAGGCGGCGUGGACCCCCAGCCUACACAAGACCUCUACUUAAUCUACCUGGUCCUGGGCGGCGUAGGGAUACUGGCCUUCCUCGGAGUCGGGAUGGUGGCUGCCCGAAAGCGCCGCCACGAGCAUGGGCGCCUCUGGCUCCCCGAAGGCUUCAAAACCACAGAGACCAGCAAGAAGAAGAGACGCGAGCCAGUCGGGGAGGAUUCGGUGGGAUUAAAGUAAGUUUGCGUUUAUUCUCCAGUGGCGCUCCGUGUGACAUGGAGUACCUGAUUGUGUGCUGGUCAGGUGAGGGGCUAGUUCUGUGGGACCAAAUGGGUGUAACUGGUGAUGAGUCAAAUUUAGGGAAAGGGGGGUUAGCCUGGAUCAUUAAUGAUAAUGAUAUAGCGGGUUAAGGUGUGCAUUAAUUGACUUGCUGGGGCAGAGGGGUGGGGUGUGUAUUGAAUCAAUGCUUUUGUUUUUCGGCAUCGCUGCACCAUUAAUGGUGAGUGGCUCAGAUGAGAUGGAAGCAGCAGUGUGCAAAGAUUUUUACCGGGUUUUCUGCAUCAUCACAGGCCACUGAAAAAUACCUCCGAUAUUUCACUCAUGGAUGAUGCUCAGAACGAUUGGGAAGAGGAUGAACCUUCAGACGCUAAACGCUUCAGGGUAAGAAAACAGAAAUAUUAGACACUAAUUUAGCUUUUUCAGAUUUUUUUUCAGCUUAUGACACCAAUGUCCACAAUUUUAAAACUUCAAAUCUGAGUAUGAUUUUAUUUGACAUUUAAAUGCCUUUUGAUUAUUUUAAAAUUGAUGUGAUUUAAACUCAAGUCUCCCAAACAUGAUCCCAGCAGUUUGACGAGCAGGCUAUCCUGGAGGUGGACGGCCAGACGGACCACCGGCAGUGGACACAGCAGCACCUGGAUGCCGCCGACCUGCGCAUCCCAUCCAUUGCUCCUACACCCCCUCAGGGCGAGAUUGAGAACGACUGCAUGGAUGUCAACGUCCGGGGACCAGGUGGGUUACUGAGCUCUCAAUUUCUCCCAAAUCUGCGGUGAGCUUUGACCAGCUUGCCGGUAGAAUCAUUACUAUGUAUUUUUGUUUUCUCUUGUUUGUAAAUUUAUUGUCAAAUAUUAACCUGAUAUUUUCAGAAUUUUUCAUUUUACGGAUUUCUGUCAGCCUUUCUCUCACUGAAAAAUAUAAAUUAAAUCAGUUUUCCAUUUUUGAACUAUUUAGGAUGAUAAAAAGGUGAAGAACUUGUAUUUCUGUUUCACAAAAUUAGCUCUGUUAUUUCUGACUCAUUGGACCUGGACUGUUUUGUGAAAUGUAUAAUAAUUUAUUUUUUUUAAGCCUCUUAAACAGCCCAAAUUAAACCAUUAGACAAUAAAACCACCUUUUCCCAAGUACAGCUCUGAACUAAUAAGGACACAAUCAUACGUCUUAAGCAGUUUGUGAGCCGGGGUUCAUGCUUAAAAAAGGACAAGUACAAUAUAAAUUGUGUGAGUGAGGCCUUUCUUGCUGUGUGUGUGUGUGUGUGUGUGUGUGUGUGUGUGCUGAUGCUGAUAUUUUCUGAUUAAAUGAAUGGGCAUGACUGUGUUAAUUUGGAUUCAUUUCUGCCCUCUUUGAGUUUCACAUUUCUAGUGUGUGUGUGUGUGUGUGUGUGUAAGUGAGUGUAAUCACGGAUGUAGGAGUUGCUAAAGCCUCAUGUCCUCAGGGUAAAGGAUCUUCUUCAAAGCAGCCGGCUGGAAGCCCUGCGCCUGGGGGGAAACACUGAUUCCUGAUCAGAUUAAUCAUUUGACCAGUAAUGGGCCUCUGUUUCUUUUUUUCUAUUCCACAUUAUAAAAACCGAUGAAGGCAUCAGAUGCAAAAACCCAAUUUUGUUGUAAGUGCCAAAUUCCCUGAGGAAAAGCAGUGAAAAAUCAAAGCAACAGAGUUAACAACUUGAGAGCACACUUUUUCCCCCCGUUGUGGAUCGAUGCACUUGAAUCGACCAAAUCUGCCAGAUCUGGGGCUUGGUAUCCUUUUGAAGAGGAGAAAAACCCGUUCAAGUCGGCUGAGUGAGCUGCGUCUCACAGUCAGAUAUUAAUGCUUCGUUUUUGCAGCAGCCUAGCUUUAGCGAGCCCGGGCCUCUAUCCCCCCUAGCUUCGCUUUCCUUCUGAAGCUUCUCCUGUGCGGAGGCCUGGAUCAGAAUCUGUUAUCGAAGGGAGAGAUCUUCAGUGAAUCAACCAAGGGGAAAACUAUCAAGUUCACAUUCGAUUUGUUUGUUGCUUUGUUUUGAUCGGCCUGCUGCUUUGAAGUGUAGGGGCCUGUUUCUCUGCAUCAGCUCCUGCGCUGACCAUGUAGUGUGAUUCCUCUUCUUAUAUCCUCCUCUUUCUCACUUCUCUUCGUCCAGACGGAUUCACACCGCUCAUGAUCGCAUCCUGCAGUGGGGGAGGUUUGGAGACGGGCAACAGCGAAGAAGAGGAGGAUGCCUCUGCUAAUGUGAUUAACGACUUCAUCUACCAGGGCGCCAACCUUCACAACCAGACUGAUCGCACGGGUGAAACUGCUCUGCACCUGGCUGCCCGUUAUGCUCGCUCUGAUGCCGCCAAACGCCUGCUGGAGGCGAGCGCUGAUGCUAACAUCCAGGACAACAUGGGACGGACACCUUUACAUGCUGCAGUGGCUGCUGAUGCCCAGGGGGUCUUCCAGGUGAGCUCAGUUAUGCACAAUGUAUUUUUAACUCCCACCAUAGUGUUUUGGUUGAAGAUCCACCGCAAAAUAAUUUAAAUAAAAAUGAUCAACCACAGUCAUGAUUUUUAAAGUAAUGUUUUAUUGGAAUAUCGAGUUAGACUUUUACAUUUCUCUUCCAGAUUUAGCUGUAGAUUUAUCGGUUUGUGCAAUACGCAAGCUCAGAAAUAUAACCCCCCAAAAAGUUGCAAUGCUGUGCCUGUGUUCUUUUUAAAUAGUGAAAAGACAACAUAUCAAAUUGAAAAAAUUGUUGGUUUGUAUGAAAUUUACGCUAAUUUGAUCCAAGCAUCACAAAUUUUUAAAAGGUACAAACAGGGACAAUAAAAUACUGAAAGAAUUGAGUGCAGACCUCCGCCAAGCAGCUCAUGUCCCCCCUUAUAUUGUGAUUCACAGCAAAACUUUUACUGUUACGUGUCUUUUAUUAACUUUUAUUUGUGUUUAAACUGGUAUGUUCACUGUUCAUAAUGUUCCUAAAACAAGUAAUGCCCUGACCCGGAUUCGAACCCAGGACCUUCUUGCUCUUAGGCGGCAGUGAUAACCACUACACCACUGUGCCGCCUAUCUACACCACUGUGCCGCCCAUUGAUUAUCUUUCAGCAUUGAAAAUUCCAACGACACCCUUAUUUUUGUGUGUUCUGGAUCACAGUAUCCAGAAUUUUGUCUGGAUCAGGAUCAACCUUUGACACCUCAUAAACUCAUUUAGAUCCUUUUGUGUCAUUUUUUACUAAAGACUCUGGACAUUUUUAUAGAGUUAAAUGCAAAAAUUCCAAAAUUUGCCCGAUCUCACAAUGAUAAAGAAUCCUUCAAAAAAUUCCUGGAUCCAAAAGGCGAUCCGGAUCACCACCAAAAUGUAAUGGGAUCCUCCUGGGGCUGAGACGCACCUCUGGUGAAAAUUUCAGGUCAAUCCGUUUGUAACUUUCUCCGUCAAGUUGGUCACAGACAAACAAACAAACAAACCAACAAACCAGUGCUACAGAAAACAUAACCUCCUUGGCGGAGGUAAUAACAUUAAUCUUAACAGGUUAGUAACAUGACAGGGUCCUCCAGAGCGUAAUAAUGCAAAACUAUUAGGGAUUUCACCAUCCAUGGCACAUGAUAUCAUUAAAAGAAUCUAAAAAGCUGAAUACUGUCAUGGAAAUCACUACAUGGGUUUAAAAUCACUUCCAAAAGCCAAAGUAUGUCAACAUUUGUCACUAGAACCACAAAGACGAUCUUUGUAUGUAUAAAUGCAGAACAGAGGUAAAAAGGUUUGAUACACAUCACUAAUCAGUAAAAGUGAACCUGUGUAGUAAAGAUCAGGUAACUGUAUUCAGAUUCAGGAUACAGUUAAAGUAAAGCUAAUGUAUGUCUUUCCAGAUUCUGAUAAGAAACCGUGCCACAGAUUUGGAUGCCCGCAUGCAUGAUGGCACUACACCCCUGAUUCUGGCUGCCAGACUGGCAGUGGAGGGCAUGGUGGAGGAGCUCAUUAACUGCCACGCUGAUGUCAAUGCCAUUGAUGAUUUUGGUAACUCUUGAUUUUUAAGCACAACGUAGACAAAUGCAGAAAAGGACAAUGUCAUAGCCCUUUUCUAGGGAAAUCUUAGGAUCUGAUUGACCUGCUUUUGUCUCUUCAGGUAAAUCAGCUCUGCACUGGGCUGCAGCUGUGAAUAAUGUGGAGGCUGCUAUUGUUCUCCUUAAGAACAGUGCCAACAAGGACAUGCAAAACAACAAGGUAAAAAAAAAAAAAGCUUUCUUCUCUUCUCCCUUUCACAUCUCUCCAAAACAACUUCCUUAACUCUCCUGUCUCCUCUUUGUCUACUCCAGGAGGAAACCCCUCUGUUCCUGGCUGCCAGGGAAGGAAGCUAUGAGACUGCAAAGGUCUUACUGGACCACUUUGCAAACAGAGAGAUAACAGACCACAUGGACCGGCUCCCCAGAGACAUUGCACAGGAGAGAAUGCAUCACGACAUAGUGCGGCUAAUGGACGAGUACAACCUGGUUCGGAGUCCUCAUAUGCAUGGGGGAUCUCUCAGCACCACCCUGUCCCCUCCUCUCUGCUCGCCUAAUGGCUACCUGAGCGGCAUGAAGCAGCCGCAGCCUCAAGGCCAAGGCCAGGGCAAAAAGGCCCGCAAGCCCAGCGCCAAGGGGAUCGGCUGCAAGGAGGGCAAAGACAUGAAGGUGAAGAAGAAGAAUUCACAGGAUGGGAAGUCUGGGAACCUCCUGGACAGCUCAGCAGUUCUGUCACCAGUGGACUCGUUGGAGUCUCCACAUGGAUAUGUUUCUGAUGUGGCCUCCCCACCCAUGAUGACAUCACCUUUCCAGCAGUCGCCUUCUGUUGCCCUUAACCACCUGCAGGGGAUGUCGGACCCCCACCUCUCUGUCAACCACAUGGUGAUGCCAAACAAGCAGGAGCUGGCUCGGAUGCAGUUUGACCCCCUGCCUCCUCGUCUCACACAUCUCCCUGUGUCUGGUUCCGGCAGCCAGGGCGCCAUGAACGGCCAGUGUGAUUGGCUGUCCAGGAUACAUGGCAACAUGAGCCAGCCUGGACAGUUCAACCCCAUAAGAGGAGCUCCUGGAGGUCAGGGGGGUUUGCACCAGGGGGGUCAGCACGCCAUGAUGACCGCCCUCCAUAACGGCCACCCCUCCACCAGCCUGUCUCAGAUGAUGAACUACCAGGGGAUCCAGAGCAGCAGAAUGCCUCCACAAAAUCACAUCAUGCAGCAGCAGCAGCAAGCCCAGCAGAUGCAGCAAAUCCAGAACCUGCAGCAGCUCCAACAGCAGCAGCAACAGCAGAACAUCCAGCUUCAGCACCAGAACUCCAACACCACCAGCAGCCAGAACUUCAUCAGUGGAGAGCUCAGUUCUCCAGAGCUCCAGCAGGGCGGGGGUGGCAGCUCCAGCAUGCCCAUCCACACCAUCCUGCCACAGGAGACCCAAAUCAUGCCCUCUUCUAUCAACCAAUCAAUGCCCAGCACUCAGUUCCUCACCCCGCCCUCCCAGCACAGCUACUCCGGCCCCAUGGACAACACCCCCAACCACCAGGUUCAGGUGCCUGACCAUCCCUUUCUGACCCCCUCCCCAGGCUCCCCGGAUCAGUGGUCAAGUUCAUCACCUCAUUCCAACAUGUCUGACUGGUCAGAGGGUAUCUCAAGUCCACCCACGAGCAUGCAAUCUCAGAUCGGACACAUACCUGAACAGUUCAAAUAAACACUUGUGUCUUCAUGCCCAGAUGAGCUGCUGUAUAUUUUUUUUAUUAAAAAAAAGGCACUCUGUAAAAAAAAAAAUAGAAAAAGAGCAAAGCUGUAAACCCAACUUUUUUAUAUGCUUUUAUACUAACAGCUACACCUGUGUUUCAUCCAUUCUUUUUAUUUAUUAAUGCCUUAUUUAUAUGCAUUGCCUGCUUACAGAAAUUUCGGGGAUCCAUGGUGCUGGGUCAUACGCAGGACAGAGACAGUCCUUAGAGACUCCUUUUCUUUUUUCAUUUAGUGUUUCUUUUCUGCAGUGAAGCCUCAGCAUACACACUGGGUAUUUAUUUCCCUAAGGACUUUUUAGUGUUUUCCUUUUUUCCUAUGAUUUCUCCAUCUUUGUUUAUACUUCAUUUUUGUUUUUUGUAUAAUCUUGUUUAUAAAAACUUGUGAUUAUGGGGCAUUGUAUUGAGCAACUUUCUCAGUGUUAUUCCAGUAUGUUGUAAUUAUGGAGAAUUUUCCAGUCUGUUUAUACACAGUCCUGAAUGAUGACUGAACUGAAAAGCUAUUUCAUGCACAUGCAGGAGCCACACUGUCCCCUUCUUAAAUACCUUGUGAAUCUUAAUUACACUCACCAGAGUCGUGUACAUUUCUUGAAUCAGUGGGUCAACUUUCUGUUGUACCUCUAGAUCUGAUCACCUUCAUACUUAAGAAAUGUGGUGCAGAUGAUGUACAGUAUAUGCCCAUCUUGGAGAUUGGCAGUUAGUGCAGGCUUGAUUGAUCUGUUAGUCCUGUGUUGUUGGAGAAACCGGCCAGUCGGCCAAAGUGUUUGUUAUUUAGAGGGAAAAGGAAAACUGCAUUUCCCCUCUCCCUCCUAUUAGUUUGAGCCUAUGGCUGUGUUUUCCCUUUUGUAAAUAUGUUAUGCAUUUCCCUUGUAAGCAGGAUUUUGUUUAAGAAAUCUGAUGUCUUAAGCAUGCAAUUUUGAUAGAUCUCACACCAGUCAACAGCCUCUACAUGUCAGACAGAACAGAAUAUAUAUUUUGUAUUUCACUGUCCCUAAUGCAUAUAUAAAUUUGAACUAUAUUCGAAUAAAAACAAUAUAUUGAUAAAGAUGUUUUCUCAUAAAAAGGGAAAAUGCAUUUUAUAAAUUCCUAUUUAUUUACUGUUCUGUGUCACAUAAAAUAGUCAGAGGCGAUCAUUUGUGCAUAUUAUAAAAUGUUUUCAUUGAACAUUGGACAAAGAAAAGGGUUGGCUAAUUUCUCAGUUGUCUGCUUGAAUGUUUUGUGAGACUCGCCCUGGUAGAGUUUGCAAAAUGUCAUUGUUUUAAAAAGUUAUUAGGUUGUAGUGAAAUUGUAAUACCUGCAAUAUGCUUCCUUCCUCUUAUAAAGUUAUAAUUUGCAAGAAAUGUACUUUCCCUUUUCAUUUUCAAUCUGUAAAAAUGUUUCUUGUUAUAAUAAAUGACACGUAUGUGUCUUAAACUUAUAAGAAA